UCGCUCAUACAUCACUUCCGGAGAUCGCACACCUAAAUACCGAAAAAACCAGGCGUGGGUCCGGCAAAGAAGAUUGGCGUCCCGGCUGCGCUCUAAUGGGUCGGAAGAGAGCGCCAGAUGCUGGGUCCCUCGGCCGGGCCCUUAUCCGUCAGCAAGUUCAGCGGAGCCGUAGCCAUCGUCACACCGACGCCUGGUUGCACACAAGUGAACUCAAUGAUGGCUAUGAUUGGGGUCGUCUCAAUCUUCAGUCAGUAACUGAACAGAGCUCCCUGGAUGACUUCCUUGCAACUGCAGAACUUGCAGGAACAGAGUUUGUAGCUGAGAAGCUUAAUAUUAAGUUUGUGCCUCCUGAAGCUAGAACCGGACUACUGUCUUUUGAGGAGAACCAGAGAAUUAAAAAACUCCACGAAGAAAACAAACAGUUUUUGUGUAUACCAAGGAGACCAAAGUGGGACCAAAAAACUAGCCCAGAAGAACUCAAACAGGCAGAGAAAGACAACUUUCUAGAAUGGAGGCGUCAGCUUGUCCGAUUGGAAGAGGAACAAAACCUGAUAUUGACUCCAUUUGAAAGGAAUUUGGACUUUUGGCGUCAGCUCUGGAGGGUGAUUGAGAGAAGUGAUAUCGUAGUCCAGAUAGUAGAUGCUCGAAAUCCACUCCUGUUUAGGUGUGAAGAUUUGGAGUGUUAUGUGAAGUCACUCGAUGACAACAAGGAGAAUGUCAUUCUGAUAAAUAAGGCAGACUUACUGACGGCCGAGCAGCGGAGUGCCUGGGCCGAAUUCUUCGAAAAGGAAAAUGUGAAGGUCAUUUUCUGGUCAGCUCUUGCGGAAGCCAUUCAAGUGACUGGUGACUCUAAGGCAGAAGUGAAUGGAGACCCUGGAGAAGCCGUCACAACUGAGGUUGAAAACUCCAGCUGCGACAAGGCUGAACUUCCACACGGUGAGACUGAACACCUUCCGUGUAGUGAAGCUGCCAGCAGUGACGAAGGUGACAGUGAGUAUGAGGACUGUCGGGAGGAGGAGGAAGACUGGCAGACGUGUUCAGAAGAGGGCAGCGACCCGGACGAGGAGGCCCGUGGCCAGGACUGGAAGGAAAGCUGUGCUGUAGAUUCUGAGGCCCAAGAAAGGAAAACCCUGCAGAAGAGGCAGAUACACAAUUUUAGCCACCUGGUAUCCAAACAAGAAUUAUUGGAGAUCUUUAAGCAGCUACACUCUGGAAAGAAGGUGAAGGAUGGACAGCUGACUGUUGGGCUGGUGGGCUACCCAAACGUUGGUAAGAGUUCAACGAUCAACACCAUCAUGGGCAACAAGAAAGUAUCUGUGUCUGCCACACCUGGCCACACCAAGCAUUUUCAGACUCUCUAUGUGGAACCUGACCUGUGCUUAUGUGACUGCCCCGGCCUGGUGAUGCCAUCCUUUGUCUCUACCAAAGCCGAGAUGAUCUGCAGUGGGAUCCUCCCGAUUGACCAGAUGAGAGAUCACGUCCCAGCCAUAUCACUAGUUUGCCAGAAUAUUCCAAGACGCGUUUUAGAAGCUACGUACGGCAUUGACAUCAUAAAGCCUAGAGAGGAUGAAGAUCCCCAUCGACCGCCAACAUCAGAAGAAUUCUUGACAGCUUAUGGAUACAUGCGAGGAUUCAUGACCGCACAUGGACAGCCAGACCAACCUCGAUCUGCACGGUACAUCUUGAAGGAUUAUGUCAAUGGCAAACUCCUAUACUGUCACCCUCCUCCUGGGAGAGAUCCUGUGACCUUUCAGCAUCAAUACCAGCGACUCCUAGAGAACAGAAGGAAUGGUGGGGAAGUAAAAAUGCCACCAGGCAGAAAUAAAAAAGCAAAUCAGAUUGAAAACGUAGUGGACAAAACUUUUUUCCAUCAAGAAAAUGUAAGAGCUUUGACCAAAGGAGUCCAGGCUGUAAUGGGCUACAAGCCUGGGAGUGGCCUGGUGAUGGCAGCAACUGUGAGCUCUGAGAGGGGGGCUGGGAAGCCUUGGAAAAAACAUGGCAACAGAAAUAAAAAAGAGAAAAGUCGUAGACUCUAUAAGCACCUGGAUACAUGAACUUGGGCUUCAGCUGGAUGGCAUCUGCACUGUGCAUCCAUGGUGCUAUAGGGCGGGCCCUGCCCUUGUGAUGCACAAGCACAUCUGGCAGCCAGUUCAAGACGGAGGGACUCCUCAGAGCACCAGCUCCGACUAGCAAAGUCAUCUCGGAGCCCCAGAAACCUGCUUCUGAAGAAGGCUGAAUCUAAGAUGAAUGAAUGAUGUGUAUUUACUUGUGUAAGCCCAUACACAAAUGCAUAGUAAUUUGUAACUUGGGGGUUUUUUUUGAAAAAAUAUUAAAAUUAAAUUGCCACUUA